ACGGAAUAGUCGCGUCUGGCAAACAGCUGAUUGGAGGAUGAGGGUUAUGGGGCAACAGCUGAUAGCAGGAGCACGUACCGACCGACCACUGCGAAUAAAAGGGAUUGCUGCUUGUCAAAUGAGGUGCCUUCAAUAUUGGGAGUUGGUUAGGCGACAGCACAAAUUUUUGUCGGAGCUACUGCAGUGGUUGAGCAAACCCUCAAGCCCAGCUGCUUCUGCGGAAAAUAUUACAGCGUGAUCAGGGUCUGCGUUGUUGAAGUAAGAGAGAUAUCAUCUAAAGAAAAGGAGAAAACAAUUCAAAAAUGGCACCAACGCUAGAGACAGCCAAGAAGAGGCGGUAUUGGUUGGUUGGAACGAUGAUAUUUGAAAACCUCUUCUUCUCUGCCGUACUGCUGGGAUGGAGUUCAUUGCUUCCCGUUCUACUGUCUGAGGGAUUCUACAGCAAUGUUUGUACAGAGGAUGCUUUUGAGAAUGACAACUCCACCAGCAACGUUACUUUCAUCAACGGGUAUCCUCGCUGUGAUCGCCAGGACGAAAAACUCAACUUGGCAUUUACUGUGGGUUCCUUUCUGCUCAGCGGGCUGACGUUCCCUAUUGGUCUUGCUAUGGACAAGUUUGGCUCCAGAAAGCUUCGAAUCCUGGGAGCGUCAAUGUUUAUUGUCUCAUGUCUGUUGUUUGGCUGGGCUACUGUCGAGACAUCCUGGUUUCUGUUCCCUGCCGUUGCUCUGAAUGGUGUUGGUGGCAUCAUGACGACAUUCACAUCUUUCCAGGUGGCCAACUUGUUCCCUUCCAAACGUUCCACCAUCGUGAGUUUCAGCAUAGGCUCCUAUGCAUCAGCUGCAAUCCUCUUUCUUAUUUUGAAGAUGUUUUAUGAUUUCGGUAUUCCAAGGCAAUACAUUUUCACUGGUGUUGCCAUAGCAACCUUGUUUGUCAUCAUCAAUUGCAUCAUUAACGUUCCUGAAGAGGCCGUGCCUGACCCAGAGGAAGCCAAAUUUGGAAUACACUGGCACAUAUUGAGGACUGAUCACAAAGUCACAGGCAAGCAGUUCUACUCACUUGUGUCCUCAGUGGGACGCAGACUAAGCGUUAAUGAUGAUAAACCGCCUGCCGAAAUCCCGCUCAAGCUGGAAGGAAGAAGAGAGAGCAAGAUAUUUUCCUCUGAGCACAACCUGGUGCUCAAGUUGGACCUGGAGAAUCUCCAGAAGAAAGCCAAGAAGUCAAGCAAGGACAUGUCUCUGAUUGGCAAUGUUUUCACUCCACUCUACCUCCUGUCUUUAAUUGUCAUGUGCAUCACGCAGCUGCGAUUGCUGUUCUUCAUUGGAUCGCUGCAGUCCAUGCUGAACGAAAUCACAAACUUCGAGUCUGAUACAGUCGACAGCUACCUUUACGUCUUCGGCAUCCUCCAGUUGAUGUGCCUGGUAACAUCUCCAUUGAUUGGCACGGUUAUGGACUAUAAGAUCAAGGAAACCCUUGACAUCCUCAAAGGCAAACAACGUCGUAAGAGCAGUGCGAAGCGCUCAAUGUCUAUCACCAUCAAGGCUGGUGAUGAUAGCGUAUUCAUUGAUGAGACCAAUGACAUUGUGAAGUCAAAUGGACGCAAAACCAGUCUGCCAGACUUCGGCAAGCCCAGCAUCUUUGGCAACUUCUCCCGCUCCAAGAGUUUUGACCUGGGGCAGGGUAAGCUACCCAGCCGCGGUUCCACUACCACUACGAAAUCACGGCUUUCGAGUACUGACAGUGCCGGGUCAGACAUGACAGACGGAGAGAAGCCUCCCAUGAGUCUGAAGAUUCGUAAGCUGCUGAACGGAGCUUACGCCUUCGGAAUCACCAACACAUUGCUCAUGAUGUUUGGUGUCACUGUCCUCAUUCCAAGUCUUCAAGUACAGAUUGUAAGCUUUAUCCUUCAUACAAUUAUCAGGGGCUUCAUUCACUCUGCAUGCUGUGGGUUGUAUGCAAUCGUGUAUCCUGCCUCUCAGACAGGCAGUCUGAUUGGUCUUCAGUCGCUCAUCUCUGCCUGCUUCACCCUCUUCCAGUAUCCCAUCUUUGUCGUCAUCCAAGGGCCCUUAGGAGGGAACCCUUUCUAUGUUAAUGUAGUCCUGCUGGUUAUGUCAGUUUUGAACUAUGGCAUGCCUGUCUACAUGGUGUACUAUGCAAAGAAGCUUCGAAGGAAACAGAAGACAGAAGCAGAUGAAGACAAGCAAAAGCUCCUCUCGUCACGGCCUUCAAAGGUCUCCUUGCCAGCCGUCCCCGAAGAUGUCUGAAGCGUGGGAUGUCAGAGUGACCGGUUAAUGGUACCAUGAGUAAAUGGCUCUGUGAUAUCAAAGACGUGACUUUUCAGGGUAUUGAACUUUGCAAGGAUAUCUGUAUGUACUAAUCUCGCACCAAUCCUCCUCGUCGUGAGAAGGCUGGCAUGGAAAGCAAGUGCCACAAAAAGAAAAAAACAAAAGCCAUGUGCAUGUUUCUUUAGCUGUGUGCGUACUUGGAUUCUAGUUCAUCGAGGUCGGCGCUGUGAGCAAUUCUGCGCAGUGCCUUUUGCGAGACAGCACCUAGUUAUUCGCCUGUGAUAGUGUGUGAUAAGGCAUGGAAUUCUUCUCAAACUGUUAGUUUGAAGUGGGGCUAACUGCUCCGGAGAAAAUUGCAAUUCAUUCAUUUGAUGGUUUGUGUUGGCUCUUUGCCAAUAUGUACGAUAGUUCUACCUUUGUUGUACAUAAUAUUUCUUGUGUACUGCUUAAACAUGUUAACAAUCUGAAAUGACAGUCUAACGAAGUCUAUUUUAGUUCCCAAAUCGGCAGUGAUUUUUGUCUUUUUACAAGAAAGGAAAGAUAUAUAUUUUGCUCUGUGUGUUUAUGGUGUCUCAUGUCACCAAAACAAUUCUUUUUAGUACAAAUGAAAACUGUUUCAUGCCAUCUUGAACUUUCUUUAAAUUAUUAUAGCUGUCUUAAUAUGAUUCAGUCAUGCCUGUUCGGUAGCCUAACUGUGUGAAUACCAAAAUAAUAAAACUUGAAAUAGGCAUUAGUUAUGACAUGUUAGUCUUAUACAUAUAUAUUUAAAUAUUUAUUUGAAAACAUCAGAUGGAACAAACGUCAAACUUGGCCAAAGGAAGAAAAAUGGCAUAAUCCACAAUUUACACAUACCAAAAAAAAACAAAACGAGUGGAUUGCUUAUGAUAUGUUAGAAAAAUAUUAAUGAACAAAACAGAUUUAUAUUUUAAAUAUACAAGAAGUUAAUUCAACUUUCCCAUUUACUCAGAUGUAACUUCCAAGAGUUGUCUUUGGCUUUGUAGAUGGAAAAAAUGUAGUCCACAAAUCCUCAAGUGGAAUAACCUUUUUCCUUUCUAUGACCCGUUUACUUGCCUUUUACUUCAAUUUAUCUCAAAACAGGGUUGAUUCAUGUAUAGUAUGUACAGUAAAAAGUUCUGUACAUAUACCUGUUAACUUGGAAACCCUGAUUGGAUUUUCUUUGAACAUUUAAACAUUUACUUGUUCGUUUCUUUGGUUUUCUCAAUUUAUUUUCCCCAAAAAAAAAUGUAAACAUUGUUGCUCUUACUAAUUUUUGUACUUCAGAUCACAUUAGGAACUUUGGCCUGGUUUAUGCCCAGUGGUCUUGGUCUCUGUGAGUCUUUAGUGACAAAUCUGGGCACAUUAUUAAAAUGAUCUAUAUCAGUAUUAUGUUGAUAUCAACAUGUUGAGUCCGAAUUAGGCAGAUCAUCUGUGUUACAAAGAUUUUAAAAUACUAUUUAUUAAUUAAACAAAGACCAUUUAAACCACGUUGUGUUGUACUGAAGUUAGAUUGGAUAAAAUCUAGGACUAUGAAUGUGUUAAAAAUUGUGAUUCUAGAUAAUUUUAAACUAAAGUUCCAGCUUCCAAGUUUUUAUCUAUAUAUGAGACAUUGUGUCAUUCCAGAGUUUAGCUGAUGCAGUAGAUAGGAUGAUGACGGAGGACGGUGAAUAAAAGUGGUAAUUGGUGCUGUAAGAUUCAAGGCAUUUCAGUGGAUGAUUGAGCAGAAUAAAAUAGCAAUGAAACAGAAA